AUGUCGAAGGGCAAACAAUACAAAUGGGUUCCCGAGGAAACCCAGUUCUGCAUUCAUAUGUUUGCCGAUGAUAAGUGCGGGGAUGAAAACGGCUGGUCUUGCCUGGUCUGGGGCCCGAGGAACUUGGGUCAGUCGUGGGUGAGGUCGUAUCUCGUCAACACGAUAGAUGGCAAUGGUAACAACAGAGCGCCAGAGAAACCGUCACCACCACCACAGCAAAAGCCAUCAUCACCACCACAGCAGAAGCCAUCACCUCCGCCGCAGGAGGAUCCACAACCGCCACAACCCCCGCCACGUGCGACAACAACAAAGAAAAACGACCCUCCACCCCCAACAAGGAAGAACGAACCUUCAAAAAAGCCCGAACCGACUGGCGAUCACGCCUCUGUUGGGGCUGGGACUGAGGGGCCUGCUGCAGCAACGACAUCCUCCACCCGGGGUAGUUUGACCCCGCAAGAGACCGAUGGGACAAAUGAGCCAUCGCCAACAGAUCAUGGGGCCGCAGCAGCAGCAGCGUCAGGGCCAUCGUCAUCCUCACCAUCCUCGUCACCGUCAGAGGGAGGCUCGCCGGAGGGAAGCUCAUCAAUGUCCGGUGGGGGAAUUGCCGGAGUCGCGAUUGGGGCGUGCGCGGGCGUAUGUCUCCUAGCCGCCCUUGGAUUCCUAGCCUACCGUCGACGCAAAACGAAGACAAAUGCUGUAGCGCAAGUCAACCAUUAUAAUAAUCUUUCCGCAGAGCCGCCAUAUAAGCCGGAGUUAUUCGCACCAGCGCAAAAACCUGGAUAUCACCCCAGCGAGCUCGAUUCUAAGCCAACAUCUCUCGGCGGCUACCCGCCACCCUCUUUUUCUGCCGUCGCGGAAAAGGAUGCAGGCGGUUACUCCAGCUGGGGCCAUGUUGCGGAGUUGGCUGAUAACUCUUCCCAUCCUAUGGUAGAGCUACCAGCCUCCCCGCUUAGCAGGCGGUAUUAGUUAGAGUGAGUAAACAUACAGACAGGGUUAUGAUGUGAAGGAAGCAAUUGGAUCAUUAUUGGUAUCGGAUGCUUGCAGAUUUGCCCUUCCCAUACCUCCCCCAUGUUUUUAAGACCCUCUACUUGCUUUCUAUAUUUUCUUUUAUAUUUUUGGUCUUACUCAGGUUAUAUAGUUCUUAAAUACAUAUAAAAUAUUUUCAUAUAUUAAAUGUAAAAUGUUACAGCCAGUUUUGUA